AUGGCCGACCGCGACAACGGCGCUCGCCGGAGGAGAUCUAGCAGCAUCCUUCAAGUCUACCACGAGCCCCCCGAGACGCUCGAACAAAUCAGCGACCAGGCUGCAUUGCCCAACCUCAAUGCCAACUGGACAAAUGCAAAAGGAGCUUGGACCAUCCACAUUGUCCUGAUAGCUUGUCUCAAAAUCUUCUACGACGUGAUCCCCGGCGUCUCGCAGGAAACUUCGUGGACACUUACAAACAUGACCUACAUGUUUGGCUCGUAUCUCAUGUUCCACUACGUCCGUGGCGUCCCCUUCGAGUUCAACAGCGGAGCCUUUGACAACUUAAACAUGUGGGAGCAAAUCGAUAACGGAGCUCAGUACACGCCCACAAAGAAGUUCCUCCUCAGUGUCCCCAUCGUCCUCUUUCUCCUGAGCACUCACUACACCCACUACGACCUGGCCUACUUCAUCAUCAAUUUCCUGGCCGUCCUGGGCGUCGUGAUUCCAAAACUUCCAUUCAGCCACCGUAUGCGAUUUGGCCUCUUCUCAGGCCCACCGGGGGAUUAA